AUGUGGAAAAAAUUAUUAUUGGUUUUAUUUUUCGUAGAAAAUUGCUUAGGUUCUCCGGAAGAGGAAGAUCGUAUUGUUGGGGGUAGUUCUCUAAGUAUUGAGUUUCGAAAAUAUCAGGUUGCAGUUUUACCAGGAGAUUUUGUUUGUGGCGGAGCUUUGAUUAAGCUGGAUUGUGUUCUGACUGCAGCACAUUGUGUUAAUAACUUUGCACCAAAUGAAAUAACUGUAAGAGCAGGAUCAAAUUUUGCACAAAGCGGUGGCCAAAUACAAUUGGUGACAAAAAAAAUUGUUCACCCAAAUUAUGUCACAUCCAGCACAGGAUAUGAUAUUUCAUUAUUAAAAUUGAGAGAAGAAUUCACAGAAUCAUCCUAUAUUGGUGUAAUUAACUUAGUAUCAACAAUGCCAGAUGUGGGUUCACCAAUUAUUGUUUCUGGGUAUGGUCUUUUGAGUGAAGAUGCAGCAUUUAGACGCGUAUAUCUUCAAUCUGUGAAUGUAGCAAUUCUUAGUACUUCAAAAUGUAAUACUUCGUAUCAAGGGUUGAUAACAGAUACGAUGUUCUGCGCUGGUGUUAUUGGCGGUGGAAAAGAUGCCUGUCAAGGUGAUUCUGGUGGUCCAGCUACUUUUAACGAUGAAUUAGUUGGUAUAAUUUCAUUCGGCAAAGGCUGUGCUGAAGAAUAUUACCCUGGCGUUUACACAAAAAUUACUGCUUUCGUAGAUUGGAUCAAUAAAAAAUUAACCGGCUUGGGAUCUGCAAAAGUUUUUACAUUAUGUUUUUCUGAAGCAGUCAAUGUUGUAAAAUUUGUUUUAGAAGUUGCAUAA